AUGUCAUCUCCAACCUGUGAGGAUGAAGGUCUGCCAUCUUGGGCCCAGAGCUGGAACAUCCCAUUUAGAAAUAUGAUGAUCGGCGAAAAGGUUUUGGGAAAGGGAAAUUUCGGUGAAGUUCGAGACGGAGCAGUGAAGGUUGAAGGAGAAGUUUUCAAGGCUGCUAUAAAGACACUGAAGGCUUCCGAGUCGAAUAACGAUCGACAGAAUUUCAUGGAGGAAUUCAGAACUCUGACCAAAAUUGGACGGCACCCGAACGUGGUCAGUAUUCUUGGUGCUUGUCAACAUGAUGACAUUUUGUACGUGGCCUUGGAGUUCAUGCCCAACGGUGAUCUGCGCACCUACCUGAGAAACGCUCGAUCCCAGGAUGACGAUGAACAGUCAACUCUGUCUUCUGAGAAACUAAUUCAGUUUGCUUUGGAUGUUGCCAAAGGAAUGCAACACCUUGCUGCAUUGAGAGUAAUUCAUCGUGAUUUGGCGGCAAGAAACAUCCUCCUUGACAAUCAACUGGUUGCCAAGGUUUCUGAUUUUGGUUUAUCGCGAGGGGAAGAUAUCUACGUGCAGACAUCACAGACUCGUGUUCCUACUCGCUGGCUGUCGCUGGAGUCGUUGACUUAUAAUGCCUACUCAUCCAAGAGUGACGUAUGGUCCUUUGGAAUCCUUCUCUGGGAAAUUGCGACCCUAGGUGCCACUCCUUAUGAAAACAUAAAAACUAAGGACCUGAUGUCGAGGUUGGAGAUUGGAUAUCGGAUGACCAAACCAAGCAACUGUGAUGAUGAAAUCUACAACCUGAUGUUGAUGUGCUGGCAGGUAGACCCGGCCAAACGGCCUAGUUUCAAUCAACUAGUGACUCGUCUGACGAGUAUGGCUGACAACCCAAAUGAGCAAACGUACAUGCGAAUGCUACCGAAGACUGAGGAAUACAUGCACAUGAUGAUUCGCCCAGAGUUUGAUGACAACUAACAAAAAA